CGAUGGUGAUCCUGCCGGCCGGCAGUCAGUUCGGCAGAAGCGCUCGAACGAUAAGCAACUCCUGGAGCAGUGGCGGAACAACGCUCUCGGGGAGCGUUUUGUGAACAAGUUGGGUGAGAAGUUGAAACCGGUGCAGUGUUCGGUUUGGGGCCAGGAGGAUUUGGGGCAAGUUUUUUUUUGUUUGCUACUGUGAGUGUGUGCCCGUGUUAAGUGUGAGCUCAGUGCUAUAAUAGGAACGUCUACGUCGUUCCACGAGUCAAGAUCAAGAUGCGACUGAACUGCAGAUGGCUGCUGCUAUCGCUGCUGGCACUUUUCGCCGAAGCGAGAGAUGAACGGGCAUACCGUGGAGGGAAAGCUGAUUACAGGAAAGCAGAUCGCAAGGGAGAAACACAGUUUCAGCAUCAGAAAACUAUUGACGGAGCGGUGCUGGGAUGUUACGGUUACGUCGAUGGGCAGGGAAAAAUGUUUGUCACACACUAUUUGGCCGAUGGGUCUGGGUACCGAAGUGUGAGUUUAUCUGCUCCGGAUAAAAUGACACGGGAACGGUUGAAGCUGUUGAGGAACGGUGAGGAUGGCCCAGCUGCUGAAUUAUUUCCCGUCGACUGCACGGAGGAAGGCGAUCUGGGACGUUUGAAGAAUAUGGCCGAAAAGAUAAAGAAGGAUUUCGAGAGUAGCAAUGGUGAGGAUGAACCGCAGAGGAAUGCGCCUUCUUAUGAUGGGAAGGAAAGGGCGAGCAGGCCGAAAGAAAGCGACAAACCUAUGGAAAGCAGCGACAUAAGAGAUGAUGCGAUUCAAUCGAAAAAAGAAUCUGCAAAUGCGGUGCCAGCUGAUGCUCCUAAUAAAACGGGUAAUCGUCUGAUUAAUGUGAGGGAUCCAAGUUCCUUUAGAAGGCCAGUAAAGAAACCUGCAGGAAGCGCAAAGUCUCCAAUUGCUCAAGAACCGUUCCCACAACCAUCCAGUGAUGCAAUGUCAGCACCGGCAUCUAAGCCGAAGCAAGUACCAAGCUCUGAAAAGCAGUCAAACCAAGUUGAUGAACCACAGCCGAAAAAUAGAGUAGAGAAACCAACAGACAAGAAACCAAGUACGUUAGCCAAGCCAAAUAGAAGACCGCAACCAGAUAAUAUUCCGAAAAGUAACUCCGUUGAUUCAGAAGCGAUUAAACCUAACAAAGAACUGAACCUGACACCCCAGCAAGUCCAACCCGAGGUACAAGCCAAGAAAGCAUCUCAAAAGCCUGACGGCAAGCACAAGAAGCCCAGCGAGGACUCCAAGUCAUCGGAGGAUCCUGAAAAUCAACAAGACGAUGUGAGCUCAGAGAAACCUAAGGACGAGGCAGCCGAAGAGUCUGAUGACCCCAAGCAAUCACCCAAGACAGGGAAGGAACCAAGCAAGUCGCAGCCGAAAAAGGGAUCUGAGAAGCCUGAGAGCAAGCACAAGAAGCCCAGCGAGAACUCCAAGUCGUCAGAGGAUCCUGAAAAUCAACAAGACGAUGUGAGCUCAGAGAAACCUGAGGACGAGGCAGCCGAAGAGUCUGAUGACCCCAAGCAAUCAUCCAAAUCAGCGAAGGAACCAAGCAAGUCACAGCCCAUGAAAGGAUCUGAUAAGCCUGACAGCAAGAACAAGAAGCCCAGCGAGGACUCCAAGUCAUCGGAGGAUCCUGAAAAUCAACAAGACGAUGUGAGCUCAGAGAAACCUGAGGACGAGGCAGCCGAAGAGUCUGAUGACCCCAAGCAAUCACCCAAGUCAGGAAAGGAACCGAGCAAGUCACAGCCCAAGAAAGGAUCUGAUAAUCCUGACAGCAAGAACAAGAAACCCAGCGAGGACUCCAAGUCAUCGGAGGAUCCUGAAAAUCAACAAGACGAUGUAAGCUCCGAGAAACCUGAGGACGAGGCAGCCGAAGAGUCUGAUGACCCCAAGCAAUCACCCAAGUCAGGAAAGGAACCGAGCAAGUCACAGCCCAAGAAAGGAUCUGAUAAGCCUGACAGCAAGAACAAGAAGCCCAGUGAGGACUCCAAGUCAUCGGAGGAUCCUGAAAAUCAACAAGACGAUGUGAGCUCCGAGAAUCCUGAGGACAAGGUAGCCGAAGAAUCUGAUGACCCCAAGCAAUCAUCCAAAUCAGCGAAGGAACCGAGUAAGUCACAGCUCAAGAAGGAAUCUGAUAAGCCUGACAGUAAGAACAAGAAGCCCAGUGAGGACUCCAAGUCGUCGGAGGAUCCUGAAAAUCAACAAGACGAUGUGAGCUCCGAGAAUCCUGAGGACAAGGUAGCCGAAGAAUCUGAUGACCCCAAGCAAUCAUCCAAAUCAGCGAAGGAACCGAGCAAGUCACAGCCCAAGAAGGGAUCUGAUAAGCCUGACAGCAAGAACAAGAAGACCAGCGAGGACUCCAAGUCAUCGGAGGAUCCUGAAAAUCAACAAGACGAUGUGAACUCAGAGAAACCUGAGGACGAGGCAGCCGAAGAGUCUGAUGACCCCAAGCAAUCAUCCAAAUCAGCGAAGGAACCGAGUAAGUCACAGCUCAAGAAGGAAUCUGAUAAGCCUGACAGCAAGAACAAGAAGACCAGCGAGGACUCCAAGUCAUCAGAGGAUCCUGAAAAUCAACAAGACGAUGUGAGCUCCGAGAAUCCUGAGGACAAGGUAGCCGAAGAAUCUGAUGACCCCAAGCAAUCAUCCAAAUCAGCGAAGGAACCGAGUAAGUCACAGCUCAAGAAGGAAUCUGAUAAGCCUGACAGUAAGAACAAGAAGCCCAGUGAGGACUCCAAGUCGUCGGAGGAUCCUGAAAAUCAACAAGACGAUGUGAGCUCAGAGAAACCUGAGGACGAAGCAGCCGAAGAAUCUGAUGACCCCAAGCAAUCACCCAAGUCAAGAAAGGAACCAAGCAAGUCGCAGCCGAAAAAGGGAUCUGAAAAGCCUGACAGCAAGAACAAGAAGCCCAGCGAGGACUCCAAGUCAUCGGAGGAUCCUGAAAAUCAACAAGACGAUGUGAGCUCAGAGAAACCUGAGGACGAGGCAGCCGAAGAGUCUGAUGACCCCAAGCAAUCACUCAAAUCAGCGAAGGAACCGAGCAAGUCACAUCCCAAGAAGGGAUCUGAAAAACCUGACAGCAAGAACAAGAAGCCCAGCGAGGACUCCAAGUCAUCGGAGGAUUCUGAAAAUCAACAAGACGAUGUGAGCUCCGAGAAACCUGAGGACGAGGCAGCCGAAGAAUCUGAUGACCCCAAGCAAUCACAAAAGUCAGGGAAGAAACCGAGCAAGUCGCAGCCCAAGAAGGGAUCUGAAAAGCCUGACAGCAAGAACAAGAAGCCCAGCGAGGACUCCAAGUCAUCGGAGGAUCCUGAAAAUCAACAAGACGAUGUGAGCUCCGAGAAACCUGAGGACGAAGCAGCCGAAGAAUCUGAUGACCCCAAGCAAUCACCCAAGUCAGGAAAGGAACCGAGCAAGUCGCAGCCCAAGAAGGGAUCUGAAAAGCCUGACAGCAAGAACAAGAGGCCCAGCGAGGACUCCAAGUCAUCGGAGGAUCCUGAAAAUCAACAAGACGAUGUGAGCUCAGAGAAACCUGAGGACGAGGCAGCCGAAGAGUCUGAUGACCCCAAGCAAUCACCUAAGACAGGAAAGGAACCGAGCAAGUCGCAACCUAAGAAGGGAUCUGAAAAGCCUGAUAUCAAACUUGCUGCUAGAACACAACCGGCAGAAUCGUCCCUCACCGAUAUCUUCCUGACGCCACCAUUUGAAGCAGAUCCGUUUCCAUCUCGACUUGGUCUUCCGAGCGAUUCAAAUGACGUGCUAGCUGCCAUCAGUAGAGUUUUACCAGUGAUUCGUGAUAUCGGACCACCGUUCGUUACUACGGGCUCGCCGGAAAAAGUGAAACCAUCGAUGGCUCCGAAAACAUCCGCCUCGUUCAACGGUGACGUGUACGAUGAGGUCGAUGAUGACGAGGACACUGAUACAGUUGAUGCAGUUGCACCAGAGAAGCAAAAUGAUCCGGGAAAACCGAGCCAUUCCACACCACCACCACCGUCGGAUAUGGGCAGCUGUAUUGAGAUCAUACUGAAGGUACCGACCGAUGCCAGGCAUGUUAUCGUGCGUACGGAGCAUCCUCAGUUUAAAACGCAGGAAGGUGCACCGUUGAAUGAGCUUGUCAAUAAGAUUGCGCCUGGUGUGUACGAUGUGCAGUUGGCCAAGUUUGACAAGGUGGUGUUUGAAAGGUAUGACAAAUAUGCAAUCGAUGAAGAACCGCAAACACCCAAUAACCUCGGCAAGGCAUUCAACUACGACGAGCUGGUACCGAAGCCAAGCAAUUCGGGCCCCAGUCAACGAGUGCCUGGAGACAGCGUUAAUGCUUACCUGCCCAAGGUUGAUACUGCUCGAUCACGGGUAGGUGGUGUGGAUGAAAAGAUGGCAAAAGUGAACAGGGAGGAGAAAAGCGCUCAAAGCCAGCGUCGUAUUCCGGAUAGAUUUUUAGCGAUGGGUCGACGAGGUUGAAUAAAGACUGGUUUGGAGUGGAAUGUUCGUUAAAAAGA